GGAAGUGGGAAAAAUUUAUUCUUGACUCAAAGACGCAAAACGAUGGAUAGAACCUCCGCCAGACGACGCCAAGGAACGCGGCCCCUAUCCCAACCUCACCGCUUUAACGCCGCUCCAUCUUCUUCGCCAAACAUCCCCAGCUAUCCAGCCACGAACAAUUCGUUGCCUUUGCAGUCAGAUCUGGGUAAUGUCACGAUCACUACGCACUUUCAAACAGAGCAUAAGGUGCCAAUUCCGCGGCUACAACGCCCGGGAUCGAAGCAGGCGGCCUCUGGAUCCGAUCGACAGCGAGUUAGCCAUGCCUGUGAGCCCUGUCGCCGCCGAAAAUCCAAGUGUGAUGGCCUUCAGCCACCAUGUGGCCGAUGUAGGGACCAAGAAAUUCAUUGCUAUUAUGAAGAUGGGAAACGAGAGAAGCUGAAACGGAAUGCACGAACAAUGGCUGCUAAGCUAGAGCGGUACGAAAGUCUUCUUUCGGAAUUGCUCCCAAACCAAGAUGCCAACAGACAGCAGGACAUUCGGAAUGCAUUGUCAGAGAGGCGCUUUGCCGAAGAAGACUCUCUCUCUGGCGAGGAUGCAAUUGAAGAUGAGCACUCAGUUUUAGUAUCAACAACAUCUCCGCAACUCCAGAAUUGUGCUCAGCACAACGCUAUCGUAUCAGUGGGAUCGGCUGGGUACCUUGGAAACUCGUCAGUUGUCCAUUGGGUUGAAGAGGUGAUGAUGAAGCUGGCCACAAACAAGCUCGUCUCAAAAUCCCAUGACCUGACGCCCGGAGCUCUUGAUAGUCUCGCCGGUAUGGCUGACGAGCCGAGUCUGAAUGAUAUUGAAUCGCUAUUGGUGCAUGACUGCACCUACUUUGCAAAUGACAUUACCCAGUCCCAGGUCUCUGGUAUUUCUCAGUCAAUUGAUGCUGCCCUCCAGCUACCUCCGAAGUCAACAGCGGAACUGCUAAUCGAUUCCUACUUUUCUACUGUGCACCCCGUUUUCCCGGUUAUUGCGGAAAGGAACUUUAUACCCCAGUAUCUUUCUUACCGCGAAACAACACAGCCUCCUAAUGGAAGUUGUCUGUGGCUGGCAAUUCUCAAUGUGGUCUUCGCUAUCGGCGCGUUGUUCAGCGAGCGUGUUCGGAUGCCCCAUGAGGGUCUAGACCACAUUGUCUACUGGAUAAGAUCCCGCGUUUUGGGCCAAGAACCCAUUCAAAUGAUAAGUCUGCCUACAAUGGAGCAUAUUCAGCUCUUGACAAUCAGCGGGAUGUAUUGUAUUGCUAGCUAUCAGAUAAAUAGGUAA